GUAAAAGAAGCACGUUUGUUAUUAUUGUGCCGCCAUUUAUAAAAUGUCAAAUGUCGUACUUGACAGCAGACGUUUCAAGUUUAUCUUAAAUGCUGAUCUCCAAAUGAAUAGGCGUUUCGUUGGCACAUAGUGAAGUCUCAGGAAAGAAUCUGACAUUUGAUGUUAAGACAUCUUACUUUUCACAUCAUGGUGGAACACACACGCAUCAUUAGACAUCAGAACAAUGUCUACAAGAUCAGGGUCAACUUUGAAGAAUCCAGCUUAAAAUCAAAAUCAAAGGAAGUAAUCUCUUUCGAAACAAUGGAGCCUGUUAUUAGAGCAGUGUUGUACGCCGAGGAGAGGGGCCGGCUGUUGAGGUUUGUGGACACAAAGGAGUAUUCAGUCUCUUGUGCAAAGAAGUACUGGAAAGCUUCUGAAACACUGGGAUUCAAGCAGAACGGGAAGACUCUGGUAGCAUACCCCUACAUGCUAUUGUUUAAUGUCAGGUUAAACCCUAAAUGUAAUGAGGUGACUAGAAAGAGGGCUGUGAACUUAGAGAACAGUCGUGCAGAUGGGACAAAAGGACAGAGAGGCUAUAUGUCAGAAAAGACCAACAGGCCUAAAAGUAUAGCUGACAUUAAUCAGAACUACAGCUUGCCAGUUGUUGUGUUAUCUAGAGUAUCUGUGCCAUCUUGUAAUCAACAGAAGAAAAACCCUGCAAACACUCCUGUUCGUAGAUCUACUAGGAAGAUCGGUACACCAUCUUUGAGAAGUGAAAGAUUUCCAGAAAAACGUAAACAGUCCAGUUUUGUUAGUGAGCCUGAAAAUAUUAACAGCAGUACUAAAAGGCUAAGAUUUAAUCGUGAAGAUGGUCAUAACAAUUGUUCUCCUGGAAAUGAACGUCAUACUUUUUCAGGAGUUGAUGACUCUGGUGAACUCUCACAGUCAGAGCAUCGUGACAGUCGACUGCAUCGAUCGACAAUGAAGAACUCAGUGGGAGAAGUAAUGGUGAUGUCCCCAGCCAUUCCUAAACUGACAGAAACACUAGACAGUUCAAGUUCUCGAAGAAUUACAUCUGGGACUCCUCGACAAGCAGGUAACAGAACUGAAUCCCAAUAUCAUAAUUCCCCUGGAUUGUCGAGAGCUGCCAUAAAAAAUACAAGAAAGAGCCCAAGGAUACUUCACAGAGAGAAAACUGAAGAAGCCAAGUGUUCACCAGGACCAAGCUCUCCGCCAAGAGAGACACACCGACGGGCAAGUUCAGGAUUCUGGAGGCUUAUGGAAGCUUUAUUGACACCUGUGAAAUUGUUAACAGGACGACGCAGUAAAUAGAAUCUGUGAUUCUGUGCCAUCUAAUUACAGGAGAGGCUUCUCAGACCAGACCUUUUAGAAAUCCACUUAUUCCAAAAAUUUGAAUUAUAAAAAAAUUAUAAAUGAAAAGCUGAGAAUUUUAUAUUCUGCUGACCAGAGAAUAAGUCAAAUGUUAAAAAAAGUAAACGUUAUUUACUGUUGCUAUCAAUAUAAAUAUAUCAUUUAAGAUACUAUUGUUAAAACCUGUUGAAAAUUUAUUUGAAAAACUUCCAAGCACAACCGAAUUUGACAAAUUGCGAGAGGAAGUAAAAAAUAAAAUUGAAUUUUUUUAUUUUGAUGUUUUACCGACCUACCAAUCUGAAUUUUGGGGUCCAAAAUCUGGAGAGAGAAAAGAUAAGAAAUCUGACAUCAGUUAUUCGUCACGUGUUAUAUAGAGAAUCGCACCCGUGUGUCUUUUGAUAUCAAAUAUAUCAACACAAGUUGAUUAAAGCGAAAAAACUCUGAGGCUUGAGUUUUUCCAUUUUUAUCAACGACUGUUGAUAUAUUUGAUGUUAACAGACACAAGAGAUUUUAUUUAUCAUCCAACAUCAUUCUUCCAACUUUUUCAGUUUGUAGACUGCAAUAAGCAGUGUCUUCAG